AGUAAUUUAUUCCAAAUAAGAAAUUAAAGAAUUAGCUCAGCACAUUUCGGUCAUCACUUUGUCGAUACGCACGUCGUGAGCAGUUUGAUAUAAGAAGUUAAAAUGCAGCCGUACAAUGCAGAGCAUCACUUCAGCUAUUUCCAGUGUUGCUGUCAUCCUAGGUCUACACCUUCCUUGAGUUAUCCACAAACUUACGAACCUCAGUUCCAAACACAACUGCAGGUGAAGAAGCCAUUUAAAUCACCCUUCUCCAUCGAGUCUCUUCUCGGAGGUGAGACAAGCCACGAAUUGGCCGCCUUUAGCAGCCCUUCUACCAAGCAAGACACCUCGACAUCCAUUGCCAAUAAACUAAAGGCGCUUGAGGAACGAAGACGAAGCAACAGUACCUCUGUGCCAUACAGCUCGCGAGAGAAAACAACGGCAAGGACUUCCACAGAAAUGCAGACAUCGCACGGUGAUGACAAGCCCGUGGACCCUGUUCCAAAGGAAAACCCUAGCUUUGUGUGUAAUCAUUUCAAGCAUAAGCGACCCCGCACCAUGUUCACCUUAACUCAGCUGCAGAGGAUGGAGCGGGAAUUUAUGCGCCGCCAGUACAUCACGGGUAGUCAGCGGGUGCAGUUAGCCGAGGAACUCCAGCUGAGUGAGACUCAGGUCCGCGUUUGGUUCCAGAACAGGCGAAUAAAAUGGCGUAAAGAAAUGAUUAAAAGGCAGCUGUUUAAUGGAUAUUAAGUUACAAACAAGAAAAAAACAAUGUCACGACCUUAUAAGGUUGGAACAUUUCACUUUGGAAAAGUCUUCAAUAAGCUCUUUUCUUUUGAAAACCUAUAGAGCUAGUGUAAAAUACAUUAUAAACAAGUUAUCACAUUUGUAAGGAAGCUACCCACCAUAUGUAGAACUGGAAGGUUAGAAUGACUCUUUGCAGAAUGAUAAAUAAUGCCACAUGGAAGAACGGCUUGAUCUUUCAAUUCAGUUAAUUGAACGGCAAUACAAUAGGAAUUAAUCCAUGGACUUAAAACGUAGAAGUUAGGCACCUUGUGGAUUAAGUAAAUGAUACCGUACGGAAAGUGCCGCAGCUUAACAGUCUUUAUUGACUGGUGAUAUAAUAGGAUUUAGAUUAGAGCCACUAAAUCUGACUUAUAAAGGUUAAACAAACAUUUUGUUAUGCAGUAGAAUAAACGGAGCUGCGAAGAAAGUAUUGCUCAAUAUACAUAUUCAAGAGAAAAUGAGGUGUCUCUUGACAUAUUUCAUUUGAAAAGUCAAAUAAUAGGGAUUCAUCGCAUUACCUGAAAAGUUAAGAACAACUUGUGGGCGCGGGCGAUAAAAGCACUGCUCCAUGGUUCAUUUCAGUACUACUGCUCUACUGAGCUUUCACAUUACUUGGGCGGUGAUAAAUGCGAGAUUAAUUUAAGUACCGUCUGAGUCACUCUGUAACUGAUUCUUUUAAGUAAUUGUCAAUGCGUUAUGCUAGACAAUGUGAAGGGCCCCUCUGCUAUUAAGUUGGUGUGUCAUCAUCCAAUGAUUCUAUUGACGAUUUUGCUUUAUCUGAUGGUAACAGACGAUACCUCCCCACCCCUUACUCGUCAGUCCUCGAAUUAGUUG